UCCGCCGUUCAUUCAUACUCGUGUGAGCCAUCGUCCUGGUCUAAUCGUUUGCUGUUCGCGGGAAGUUGCGUCCGUUCGUUCGUUCAACUGCUGAAACCCGGGUUGGUUGUGUGGAAUUGAAGUAAGUUUUUUUUUCUGCUGUGAGGGGUACCGCGGAUUUGCCCCAACUGGUCGAAGAAAGGGAGUUUUCCUCCUCGGCGCAGUUCAAAUUAAGGCUGGCUAGAGAAAAAUAGCUGAAGGAAAAAAAAGUCGGGUGUUGGGUUGGAGUUUUGCUUCCAGUGUUGGUGAUUUUUUCGAGUGUUUUUUGGUCAAGUGAAUAGUGCACGGUGUGAUUUUCCUGCUGGAAAACUGAAAAGGGGUUAGAGAACACUUCGUCUAACUUCUCCAACUCGCUGAUAAAAGGAAGAGGUAAGAACAAGAGUCUCUCGUGUGGGAGUGAAGGCAGAGGAACGCGAAGAGAAUCAGAAUUUUCGCAUCUUCUCAAGAAGUGGGGAGCGUAAGAGAACGCAGAACAAGAGUGUGAGGAAGUCGAGAGUUUUUAUCAGCUGCAAACCUUUUCAGCCCGUUACUGGAGAGCCGAUUCGGAGGAGUGCUUCCUGAAUUUUUCGAUCCAGAAAAAAAUAAACCAGUUUCACCGCCGCGGAAGAGGAAGGAAAUAUCUCUGAAAAAGAUGAACCUUCUAGUGAUAUCAUUCCUGGCGUUGGCCUCGCUAUCCAGCUUACCGGUGCCCGCAAUCGGAACACCGGCUGCCGCUGACGUUUCGGACCCCAAAAAAUCGGUGGCCGCAGCCGAGGCCGCCCAACCCGUCAACGACAACCUACUGAAGGAGAUCUGGCAGGAAGACGACCGGGAGGUGCUAAUCCGAAACGAGCGGGGCACCAAAAAUGGAGGCGCCGGAUCCUCGGCUGGUAAGAAAGACCGCAAAAAGAACGACAAAAAAGAAAAUUCCAAAUCACAAUCACAACCAUCAUCAUCAUCAUCAUCAUCACCUUCCUCGGAUUCCCUCCAGAAACUCAAACACCAGAACACAAAAUCCAAAUCCGAUAGACAACAACAACAGCAGGGACAGAACUCCCAGUGCCGCUACACCAAGGGCCCCUGGACCGAAUGCGACAACAAGAGUAACACCCGCUCCCGGACUCUCACGCUAAAGAAGGGCGAACAAUCCUGCGUCCCAACCCGCACCAUCCAGAAGAAGUGCAAAAAGGCCUGCCGCUACGAUAAGGGAGCCUGGUCCGAGUGCGGCCCAACCGGCCAGAUGUCCCGCUCCGAUAGCCUGAAGUCGAGCAGCGACGCCACCUGUCAGCCGACGCGAGUGGUCAACAAGAACUGCAAUCAAGGCAAAUCGAAAGACAAACAAAACAAACCAGCCAAGGCCGAGAAGAAGGAGAAAGGUCUCCGCAAAAACCGUCAGUAAGCUGACACAUCAUCAGCGCGUUUCUUCUUAUUUCGAUAAGUCAUCAUCGCCAUCAUUUAAAGCAAACAUAAACACGACGACAGUGGAAGAAAGUAAGAAAGCAAGAAAAAUGAAAUUUUAAUCGCUCAAUCAACACUGCAACAGAGAACACAAAAAAAAACAAACGCAUCGUCAGUCACCCAAAACCACAUCAGCAAUUUGAUCAAAUUCAAUCCAGAGUACGAGACUAUCCUGCUAUUAUUCUACUACUUCUAACUGAUAAAUGCAAAGAAAAGUAUUUAAAUGGACGAUUCCAAGCUAAGCCAACUUAAGUGAACAACAAUGAAAAGAAGCUAUUAAAAAAAAGUUCAUAGUAAGCAAGCCAAGAGGACUAGAAAAAAAGCAAAUCAUUGUAAUCAUCAUUCAUUCGCACACAAAUUUACACUUAAUGAUACAGACGCAAACAUAUUAUUCGAAACAUUCACUCACAUCUCGAGUGCAAGUGACAUCGCAACAAAUCACGUUCAUAGAAUUCGUUUUAACCGAAAAAAAACUGCAGAGAGAAAUGUCAUUUGUAAUAUAAGUAAACUUAAACACUGUUUGAUAAGUUAGCCAAAAAAAGCGACGUAACUGACAAAACAAAACAUCCGGAAAAAAGUAAAAACCUACGUGUUAAAUACCAUUAAUUGUAGCUAUUGCAAAAUAAAAACAGAACAGAAAAUCAGAAACGCAAGCAAGCAAGGAAGAGGAGCGUGUUCAGAGCAAAUAACGUGGAAUGCGUUCACAGACAUAAAAUGCAACCAUCAAAAUCAAAACUAAUCUUACGCAGAAAUGGGAAGGAAAUGGACAUAAAAAUAAUAAUAAAAUCCUAUCCGGGCGCCAAUUAACGGAUCGAAAAGAGGGCAGUAAAAACUGCCGGCCGACAUCGUAAAACUCGAUUGAGCGGGAUGUGUUUUCGUCCCUUGCUGCAAACUUUUCUGAACGCAAGCCAAACGACUAUUCUUCCACAAAAGAGAAGUAAGACAAAAAAAAAACCCGGACACAGACACACACACUCAUACGAACGUUGAAGGCACGUUGUAGCGAAAAGAGCGACAAACGCAAAACAAAACUGUAAAACUAUUUCUUGAAUUGAUUCCAUUACCUAAUUAGAGUAGAUGAAUGCAGCAGCAGCAGCCACUUUCUGAGCCAAGUUAUAGUGAAAUUGUAAAAGUUUACUAAAUAGAAAUGUGUCUAAACCCCGCACCAAUUCUAUCCACACUCUUACAGAAAAAGACCCACGAAUAAACAAACAAACAGAACACACACACGAGCAACCCAAAUCCUUUCAAAUAUAGAGCAAGUUUCGUAGAGGACGAAUCGAUUUGUAAACCUGAUUAAAAUGCAAAAAAAAACAAAACGAAACCUUUAUGUGGACAUCCCUUAAUUUUCCUUCAUUUGUUUCGUUGCUUCCCGAAUCUCCAGAAUUCUAAAAUCAAAAAUAUAAAACAAUGAUGUAGUUGUAAAAUCAAAACAAAAAUAAGAAUAAACUCGUUUUACGUCCGUUCGUAACGAAGAAGAUGAAAAAACAGAGAAGUAAAUAAAAAAAAGUGGUAACUGACAGUUCUUGUAUGUUUGAUGUUCGACGUUGAAGGUCAUUAUUUCGUGAUGUGGAGAUACAGAUAAAAAAAACCUAAAUUGGCAAACCCAAAACCGCAGAGAGUAAGUUUAAAAAUUCUCCGUGUAGAAUAAUGAUAAAAAAGUCCCUUAAAACAAUAGACCCAUUCGCUGCAAAUCUCGCUUUAUAAAACACUUAAGAUGCACCCGAGCAAUGUUUAGAUAAAAAAAAAACAAUGCAAACCCCCUUACAAUUGGAAAUAGAAUAAAAAUCUCAGAAAAGGCACGCAAAAACCAGAAGAAAAAUGAAUGAAACUGGCCCAAGAAGCAAACAAAAAGGGAGAGACGAAGCUAAAUGAACAGGCAAAAAUUAAAAACACAUCUAGAUAAAUAUUUAUAAAAAGGAAAAGCGAUGAAGCAGACGAAGAAAAAAACACAUAUACACACAUAUUCUAAGUAUUAUUAAAGAAAAAAAUAUUAUUGUAAAAAUUGCCACCCACUUCUGCGUGCAAUAGAAAAGUAAAUGACAGCAAAGUUAUGCCGAAACAGCUAAACAGCAGUAAAACCGAAAAACAAAAACAAUGGGAUGCCGCACAAUUCGAUAACACGCAAAAACCAAUAGAAGGAAGAAAAAUUAAACAAAAAAAAACCUUAAAAACGAUACCAUCUUCGGUUUACUUUCUUCACGAUUCACAUGUGUUAAACGAAGAAAAAAAAACCAAUAAACAAUAGUGGUGCACCCGAAAACAAAUGUGUCAAAUUUACCUACUUUUUGAUUUCACCAAUUAAGAUCUCUCUCAGAGAGAAUAUUUUCAAAACAAAAAAAAUCUCCUUGCUUGGUUUGUCUGAAGAAAACAAAACACACAAAAUGCUACAAUUAAGUUCGGGUUAACGUUUUUUUUACGUUUUGUCUUCCCUUUCCGGUAUGGGAACACUGUCAAAAAAAAGAAAGAAACACUUAUGACACAAGAAUGCCGUACAUACAUAUGUAGUGUGAGGCAGUGUUGCCAUCCUUACACCUUCCUCCGUGUUCCGUGUUUGAUUUGGGCUCAUUAAAAACAAAACAUAUACAAUAACUGUAGAUUUAAAAUAUCAAAUUUCUUAAUAAAACAUAUUCUUUUGUGAUAUGUUGUAA